CUGGUUAAAAAUGUUAAUGGUAAGUCAGUAAGCAGUGCACAAAUACCUAAGUGACAAUAUUUACUCAAGGAGAGUCCCUCGCUUUCCUGAGUACAGGGUUUGAUAUUACAUGAAUGACAUACAGUGGGUGAGGACUUCCGAUGUGGAGCUACAGUCGAUCUCAUACAGUAUGUAGCUGCUGCAGACGACACAUCACAUGGAUACUGUAUGUGGACUCUGGUAAAGGGAGCAGCUGGAACUAACAUAACCCUGCUAAAAAAAGAGCCAGCUACCAUUGAGGAGCCAUGGCCUCAUUUGGACAGAUAAUCUUGUGGGGCUUGAUAGUCAGUAUUUUCAUAACUGCUGGACUAAUCAUUCUCAUCUUGUCUGUGUCAUUUUCAGGUCAGGGCUUGGGGGGUUCCAAGGGCACUGUGGAUAGCAUUGACAAGUGGCCCAUCGGGUACUUGGGAGAGGAUGUCAUCUUGAGCUGCAAGUUCAAGACUUCCACUAACAGCAGGGAAUCGACCAGUCAGGUGUCAAUCACCUGGACGAAGGAGGGGCUAAGUGAAGUGGUGUACAAGUAUGAUAAAGGAGCAGUCCAGCUGACGGAGCAAAACCCCCAGUUUAAAAAUAGAACCCUGCUGUUCUCAGAUGCCAUAGGUGGAGGCAAUGCCUCCCUGUUGCUGAGGGACGUAAAAGUGGGAGACAAUGGGGUGUACUACUGCAGUGUGAGCACUCCUAGUUGCUCGGGAACUGCCAGUGUUAACCUCAGAGCUGCAGCUUUCUCAGCCCCCAAAUUCAAGCGGGUAAACACUACCCUAACGGCAGAGGCAGAGAGAUGGUUCCCCAAACCAAACAUCACCUGGUUGGACGUCAAUGACAACGUCCUGAACGAGAGUGAAACUAGCUUCUUCAACAACUCCACCGGGAUAACUCGAUUCAUCAGCUCCCUUCAGCCAAUCAAAUUGUAUGGCAGCUACACCUGCAUCAUCCAAAACCCUCUGGUGAAGGCUAUCUCCCAGGCAACCAUCAAAGAUACAGAGAUAUCAGCAAAGACUUUCUUCUCCUUCAAUACUUCAGCUGCACCACCCAUACUACUACCUCAAUGGCACGUUCUCGCAGCUACGGCCAGUGUUUUUCUCUGGAUCUACCAGCUAACCUGAAACACAUUGACACCGACUGCUCUUCAUUGCCUACAGUCAAGGUUACUAAAAGUACUGUGGUAAAGUGAACUAAUCUGGUACUAUCCACUAGCCUUGGGCUGCCUGGAGUCUGAUGGAAUUUAUGUUGGAUAUAACAAGUGGAGAUACAGUGUGUGUGCGUGCGUGCAUGGCUAUAGGUUAUCUAAUAAGUGGUGAAAUUAUAGUUACAUACAGCAGCAAUACUGUAAUUACAUAAUAAUAACAAUUACUUUUUGUUUCUAUGGGAUUCACUGUGGCAAUCAGUCUACUGGGCUAUCAGUGUAACACGUGAAUCUAUAGGUCUAUAGUUUCUUUUUUUACAAUAAAAUGUAAAUGAUUUUAAA